AUGAAAGUUACUGGUCAGCAGUGUUUAUCGUUUCAGACCGCACACGAUCCCCUCCAGUUCGUCUCAACGAGCGCCAUGUCACUGGCGGAAAAUGCUCGAAAGUUGAUCAGUAUCACCGAGCAGCAGAAAAGGGAACGAGCUAAAUUGGCGCGUAACGGACCGCUAUUUGACGACAAUGAUUCAUGGCAAGAGGACCUGGAUACAUGGCGACGGAAGCGAAAAACGAAAGCAGAAGGAAGGCGAGAUUAUGACGAUGUCAGCAGUCUGUCCGAGGACUAUACAAAGGAAUACCGCAGUCUACCCAAUUAUGGAAGAAGCCAUAAGCGCUUCGCGAUCCUUGUGGAUUGGGAGAAGCUGUGUCACCUCGUGAGUGGAUUUCUUCUUGAACAGGAUCGAUUUCUAGUACAGACUUGCUCUGAGCAGGAAGAGAAUGCCGGCUAA